ACCAGAAGUGAGAUGUUACGUGUUGCCCCAGCUAUGUGGAAUCGUAUUGGCUUCAAGGUGCGCAAUAAUCACGUAUCAACGUCUUUCGAUACCGAAGUCAACCUCGUGGAGACCCACGUUGACUGGGGAAGCCAAGCUAAACUCCACCCGGCACGGAUUAGGGGAAGGAAAUGGCUACCUGGAUCGGCUAGUCCUAACUUUCCCGAGUUUCUCAAGCCGCCCAAGGACGGCUACCCGUAUGUCUUCACACCCCAGGAGGACACCACUGCCUCUCCUGAAGAGUAUGCUGUCGCCGUGCGGAAAGUAGUACACGAAGUGCUUGAGAAGAGCAACAAUGGGGCGGUACUGUUUCGUGGUUUGCCCCUGCAGACGGCGGAAGAUUUCUCCCUUGUGGUCAACAGCCUCGGGCUGAAGUUAAUGCGUUAUGAAGGGGGAGGGGCAGUCAGGACUGAGAUCGCAAAGUCGGUGUACACAGCGAGCGAUGAUCCAUCCGAGUUUUGCAUCGAGCCCCACAACGAGUUGGUAGACGCAUACACUUCACGCACCCCUGAAAAGAUAAUUUUUUUCUGCCUGGACCCGCCGUCUCCCGGUGCUGGUGGCGAGACUGUGAUCGCAGACGUGCGGGAAAUCCUUUCGCGGCUGGACAAGGACGUGGUGGACAAGUUUGAGAAGCUUGGAGUGAUGUACUGGAAACACCUGCCCUCCUAUACACCAGGAUCAUACCAUUCCUGGCAGAAGUCGUUCCAGACAGAGGACAGGGCAGCUGUCGAGAAGUAUAUGGUUGCCAAUAACACCAACUGGAGGUGGGAAGGUGACAGCUUAUCAUGGUGGACCAUCCGGAAUCCUAUGUACAAGUACAGAGGAGAGAAACUGUGGCUGUGCAUCGCCCACGGACACCACGUAUCGUAUCUUAAGGCCCAUCCCCUCUGGUUCGACAAAGACAUCCCCGAUCAUCACUUCCCCUUCCACACCUACUAUGGGGACGGCACCGACAUUGAGGCGGAAGUUCUCCAGCACAUCCGGGAUGUUCACUGGCAGGUCUCCAUGGGUUUCCAACUGCAAAAGGGUGACUUCCUGGUCCUGAACAACAUGUACUGCCAGCAUGCCAGACUCGGCUUUACAGGGAAACGGAAGCUUGCCGUCGCGUUGGCCAAGCAGGACCUAGUAGACUAUCAGGUCAACUGAGUUUUGCAUUCUUCCAAUACUAGUAGUCAGUCUUCCAAACGGAAUCAUAUCAACUGACACAUAAUAGUCCGUUGCGAAAAGCCGCGGUACCUGUACACUUAACGGGAGAAUGAAAUGUGAUAUCAAAAAUGUAAUGAUUUGGCGUGCGAAAUGUAUACGUAGUAGAACUAUAAUAUUGUGUUGGUGUCAAUAUAUGACAACGGACAAGGAUGAGACGUUAACGUUUGUGCUUAUUCCACUGGUGCAUAGUUUUCAACAGUAGAAAUAUAACUGUCCAAGCUAUCUCAAACAUUGUUUCCUAGACGUUUGACCUCGAGCUUUUUAAAAUGUUGUAGGUAGACACUGUACUCUUAUUGUCAAUACGGUGAUUGUUGAUACUCUGAUUGUAUUGUUGCACUCUGCAUGUUUUAAAUGUAUGUAGUUUAGAAAUGU